AAGACCCGAAUGGGUGCCAAGCAGUCAAGGGCCAGCUCCAAGGACAAGGACCCCAAGAGGCUACUGCUGAUGGGAAGGAGACAAAAGUUCUCUUCGUGGGAUGACACCCUGCUCUUGGGGAAGGACCCGAGGUCCCUGCUGAAGCGUGGCAUGCGCCACGUCAGCUUCAGCUUGGUCACCAAAGGAAUGACAGAUAUCCCAGACUUUCUAUGGGGUUUGUCAGAAGUCCAGAAACUUAAUCUGUCUCACAACCAGCUCCUAGCUCUCCCUCCUGAGGUAGGGAGGUUGACCCGGAUUGUGGUCCUGAACUUGUGUGGGAACCGUCUCAAGAGUCUUCCCAAAGAAGUCAGCCUCCUCCAGAGCCUCAAGGUCCUGUUUCUCAACAUGAACUGCCUGGCUGAGAUGCCAGCUGAACUGAGCUUGUGCAGGAGCCUAGAGGUGCUGAGUGUGUCACACAACUGCCUAUCGCAGCUUCCUGCCAGCUUCGCCGACCUCUCUAGACUGAGGAAGCUGAACCUCAGCAACAAUUACUUUGCACACAUCCCCAUCUGUGUGUUCUCCUUGAAGGAGCUGGAUUUCCUGCAUGUGGGCUCCAAUCGCCUAGAAAACAUCGCUGAGAGCAUCCAGUGCCUGGCCAGUCUGCAGAUCUUCAUCGCAGAGAGCAACAAUAUCCACUCCUUCCCCAGGUCACUCUGCCUUGUCACUAGCCUGGAGCUGUUGAACUUGAACAACAAUGAUAUCCAGACCCUUCCGGAUGAACUCUACCUGCUGCGAAGACUGGGGAGGAUUGCAUGGAAUCCCAUGGACAAAGGGCUUCACAUUUCCCAUAACCCUUUAUCCAAGCCCCUGCCAGAGCUAGUGGAAGGGGGACUGGAGAUGCUUUACAGCUACCUGAAGGACAAAAAGCACAACUGAUGGCAUGGACACCAGAGGCAUGGACAGGGGCCAGUUCGUGUUGAUGCUUUCAGCCUGGGUACUUAUCUAGUCUAAGCUUUGGCUCUACUGCUAGUGUCUGUCAGUACUGGGUUCCUUUUGCUAAGUCACUAUCGAGCA